CUUCUGCUUUUCCUGAGACUGAAAGACACCGAGCAGCCUGACACUGGACUACGACUCCCAGAGUGCACUGCUGCCCCAGGUUCAGGGGCCCCCAUGAAGCUGGACAGCAGUUCCCGGUUGGCGUGUUCCCCGGCACAGAAGGAAGGCUACUUGCUGAAGAGAGGCAGCCGCCACGCCUCCUACCACCGCCGCUGGUUCCUGCUGUGUGGAAACCUUCUCUUGUACUGGGAGCGCCAGGGAGACCCCCAACCUCUCGGCCUCAUCCUCUUAGAGGGGAGCUCCAUCACCCUGAGGAACGCCAGACUGGAAUACGCCUUCUCCAUCUGCUCCGUGUCUCGCGUGUACAAAAUGGCGGCCGAGAGCCAGCGGGACCUGGAGCUGUGGGUGCGGGCCCUACUCAGUGCCAACCUCGGCUACACCCGGGCUCUCCUCGGGGAGCUGCGCGGCCAGUAUCUGAGCCUCGCGCCAAACCAAACCGCACAGACUGGAGACCCCGCCCCCGAGGAGCCGGAAUGGGAGGCGGAGUUUGGGCUCCUUCACGAUUGGUUGGGGAAGGAGAUCCAAUCCCUGAGAGACACCAACCUCAUUGACUUAUCGUGACCU